UUAUUUCCAAAACAAAAGAUCAACUUUAGGUGAUGUUGAAAAAUUUAGGAGUUUUGGGGAAAAUGGGAGGUGGUGUUGUGAUGUUUGGCAGCGGAGCAUUGUACCUUUCUCGCCGUGGUUGCAGAAUAGUGAGUGUAGUAGAGGCUGCGGGCGAUGGCGGUGGGAGGUGGCAAGUGCUGGAUCAAGUGGACAAGGAACUGAGCAAAGGCAAUGAUCGGGCUGCUCUGAAUCUUGUUAGGGAUUUGCAGGCCAAGCCCGGCGGCCUCCGCUGCUUCGGCGCCACCCGCCAGAUUCCGCAGAGACUGUACACACUAGAUGAGUUGAGGUUGAAUGGAAUAGAAGCUGCAUCUCUUUUAUCCCCUGUGGAUACGACGCUGGGUUCCAUAGAGAGGAGCAUUCAAGCUGCUGCUCUCUUGGGAGCUUUUGCUGUCUCCAAACUCUUUGAUUUCACCCCUCAACACAUCUUUUUCGCCUCUCUCGGAUUGCUCUUCCUCUGGACACUAGACGCCGUUUCUUUUGAUGGGGGGAUCAGUUUCUUGAUUGUGGACACGCUCGGCCAUUCCUUGAGCCAAAAGUACCAUAAUAGGGUUGUUCAACACGAGUCGGGCCAUUUCUUGAUUGCGUAUUUGCUGGGGAUCCUGCCCAAGGGCUACACUCUCACCAGCUUGGAAGCUCUGAAGAAGGAGGGAUCGCUGAAUGUUCAAGCAGGGACUGCUUUCGUGGACUACGAGUUUCUCGAGGAAGUGAGCACCGGAAAAGUAUCAGCCAGCACACUCAACACCUUCUCGUGUAUAGCGCUGGCUGGUGUGGCCACGGAGUAUCUGCUCCUCGGUGCUGCGGAAGGCGGUCUUUCAGAUAUCAACAUGUUGGACAGGCUACUUAGGAGCCUCGGAUUCAGCCAGAAGAAGAGCGAUGGUCAAGUGAGGUGGGCUGUUCUGAAUACUAUCCUCAUUCUCCGUCGCCAUGAAAAAGCUCGAGCUGUGCUAGCAGAAGCCAUGUCUCAGGGGGAAUCUGUUGGCUCGUGUAUUCACAUGAUUGAGAAAAGCAUAGAUAUUGCAGAGCUGUAACAAACGCUACUGCUAUUUACUUUGAAUCUCACUUCAUGUAUUUGUGUCCUUUUUUGCCCUCACAUUUAUUAUAAACGUCUUGAGAAUUUGAUCA